CAACAUGGCAGUUCCAAUUUACUAAACUUCCAAUUCCAAUCUAUUGAGUGACACUCAAAUACGUUUGUGUAAAAGUUGCUACUUUUUUUUAUCAAAUAUAAUUGUACUCAUGAAUUAUUUUCCAUAUUAAGGAUUAAUAUAAGUCGACGUGAUUACUUUUCGAAACUUUCGUUUUUCUUUGGGACAGAAGAGAGAAACAGUUGCUUCGCGCUCGCCGCUCUCCUGACAGCACAUGCAGCUUCUCUCCAUUUGCCACAUUCUGGAGCCAGAAACCUUGAAAAUAAGCUACUACAACGUCCAUGGCAGAUGAAACUCGGGAUUCGUCUGGGUAGGCAUCCAUUAGCUUUGAGUACGUGUAACAUCUUCGUCAUCUUGCACUCAUCUACUCCAACCAAAGCCUCAACUUCUCGUUGCAAACACCAAUGGAGCACACUGAAGACUACUGAUUUACAAGUAACGGAUGAAAUUAUUCCAAUGUUCUAAAAACUUCGUUUUUACUCAAGCGGGGAGUCAUGUAGUGCCUCGCUACAUCCAUAUUUACGCAUUAGUACACGGACACGACAAGACUUAAAUCCAUCGGCUGUGUUCUCAUGGGGAAAUGGAUUAAAUCUUAGCCAUUCCAAUUCUGAAAACAAAAGUACCCCGGAAUGCUACACUGAUGAAGAGAAAGGCAGAAGAGGGUAGUAAUAAAAUGGUAGGUGGUUCAUUGAAUGGAGACUCAUCACCAAAACGCAUUUGUCGAGAUUUCCUUCGAAAUGUUUGUCAUCGUGGAAAACGUUGUAAAUAUUUGCACGAACGUUCCGAAAAUAGUGUAAUUGAGGAAUAUACAUUUUGUCAUGAUUUUCAAAAUGGAAUAUGUAAUUGGCUUGGCUGCAAAUUCAUUCACUGCACUGAAGGUGAAGAGAAGCAUUUCCGAGCAACAGGGGAACUGCCGCCUCACAUUGUAGUUCGUUUAAAAAAUAACUCCGAUAAGGCUGAGUUACCAGUAUGCAAGGACUUCGUAAAGGGAAGUUGCCAGAGGGUGAAUUGCAAAUUUCGACACCAUAAGAAAGAGGAACCUCAGCACAAUCAUAUUACACAGCAGCAUAUGAAUCAACCGAGGCCUCAGCAUAAUUACAAUAUCAAUGGUGGUGGCGAUAAUAGGCAAUUCGAGGAGGACAGGAAGUAUCACUGGCAAAUGGAGGAUCAGCAUACGAUGGUUCAAAGUAAUGGGUAUAAUGCAUCACUACAAUCUGGCGAUUACAUGGGUCCACUCGAGCCAAAGAGGAGACUAGUCUCCAGUGAAACUGUUGUUCAUUUUGAAGCUUCACCAUUACUUGGACAGCAUACUACACAGCAGGUUACACCUGGAUACUAUUAUCCUGUUAUUGCGAGGAAUGAAGCCAGGGCUAUUGUUCUCGAAGACGAAAAUUCAUUGUUACGCAAAAAAAUUGACGAGUUAAAGAAACAGGUGAGCGAUUUAACAGCAACAAAUGAAUUCCUUCUUGAUCAAAAUGCCCAACUUCGAAUGUCGGGAAAACGGACCGCAAAUGUGACAGCUGUAACAGUACCAGCAGUAACGAUAACGAACACAGUACCUCCAUCGCAAGCACCAACACCUCAGCAAAUGGUAAAUGCAGCAGUUGCAGCGGGUACUCUGAGAACAGUGACAGCGAGUGUUGCCACUGUUCCAGUUAGCAUAGCAACAGUCACUCCAGUUUCAAUUGCUGCUGUAUCAAUGGCGCCUGUCUCGAUACCACCGCCAAUCGUUACAAUGGCUCAGCAAACGAUAACAAUGAGUGGGUCUGGACCACAGUCUGCCAAUCAACAGCAACCAAACUCUCAGCAACCUGCGAGUUUACCACUCUCUAUAUCUGGUGCCACUGCACCUCUCGUUUCCUAUCCUAUUAUGACCCAAGAGCUUCGGCCUGUUUUACAAUGAAACAAAAUGUCAAAUAUGAUGAGAUGAAUUGGUACGGAUCACGUAUUUUCAUAAAAAGCACUGCUAAGAAUUAUUGAGGCACCUGAAAUACUAUUUUUUAUACAAAUCCGAAAAUAAUCUUGUGACAAGUGGGUGAAAACUCCUUUUAAGUAUUUAAUCUGAUUGUUCAUAAUUUUCUGGGAGAAAAUGUUUUCUUUUUGCAGAGAGUGAUGAAAAACAUAUUGAAAAUAGAAAUUGAUUUUUAAAUAGUCUUUCUAAGAUUACCUCCGCAUUUUUGAGGGUGAGAAAAUUAUUAUAACUUUCUUUCUCUUGUCAUCAACGUAUCUUUACGUGAUUCACGUAAGUAGAAGAAACAUUCGAGAUGAUAAAACUUUUAUCUGAAGGUCAAAUGGCAAAUACACUAUGAUAAAGGAA